UAACAAUGCGGCGCUAUCUUUUUUCAUAGGUGACACAUUAUUACUUUAUAACCACAUCGAACCAUAACAGCUGACAGCGUGUGCUAUCGAUAUUAUCUGAACUGAAAACGAGUACAAGGACUCAACAUAUUUUUAGUAAAUUUGUAGUCAUGAAUCCGGAAGUGUAACUUUUAUUUUUUAUUCUUCAAUAAAAUUCGAUUGGAAAUACUCAGUGUGCAAAAUUUAACACUUAGCAGCGGAAAGAGAACAAAAGUAAUCUAGUUAUUAUAAGAGUUAAGGCACAUUAACACAAUGACGACAUUCCAGAAUACAAAUAACGUUUUUGGAUAUAAUGAAGUUCGAGAUAAAAUACUUGCAGGUGAAAUGGACGUAAACACACAAUAUCCAGGAAUCUCUGAUUACGAUCCAACAAUUCUUGAAGUAUCGAUUAAUAAAAAAGACACAGAAUUAUUCGAUUACCUUCUCCAGCACGACGUGGAAGUGAAUAGAAUUAUACCAUAUCGUAACCAAGCAAUUUAUUUAGCAGUCGAAUUCAACAAUAUGGAGUUCACUGAGAAAUUACUAAAUGCAGGUGCCAUUUGUCCCCCCAUAGAAGAUCAAUACCAAGAAACAUCCGAUGCUAAGGAACUAUUACAACUAGCUAUUGAAAAAAAUAAUAAAGAAAUGGUCAAAUUAUUAUUGGAAAAACUCGAUAAAUAUAUCGAUCCUAUCGAUAAAAUCGAAGCUUUUCAGUUUGCUACUAAUUACGAUGAUCCUGAAUUAUCAUUUGAUCAUAAUCCGUAUGAGUCAAUAUUAGCUGCUGUGGGCCUAAACAAAAUAGAAGUAUUUAAAAGAAUGGUUUCACAAAACACUGAUCAUCUUUGGUAUUUACUUCAAGUUGCCAUUGAGUAUAAUAGGUAUGAAUUUGUUGAGUAUUUGAUUAAUAUUGGUGCGGAUGUCAAUUCUAGUUCAAAUAAUCUGCCCUUACAUAUCGCCAUUGAAAAUGAAAAUAUACCGAUAAUUGAAUUAUUGAUAAGAAAAGGAGCUAAUACGGUUAUACGUCCGGCAUUUGGAAGGCUUCCUUUGGAAAUUGCUUGUGAUAAGAAAAAUAUUAAAAUUAUUGAGAUAUUAAUUGCUGCAGGUGCUGAUUCAAUUAUACCAUUCGAUAUUGAUAACUCACUUCAUUUUGCAAUUAUUCAAAAUAAUUACGAAAGAAUCGAAAACUUAGUCAAAAAUGGAGCAGAUAUAACAAACACUGUAUAUUUCAAGAAAACACCAUUAAUUUUAGCCAUCGAAGAAGGUAAUAAACCAGUUGUUGAAUUAUUAAUUAAGAAUGGAGCUGAUGUUAAUUUGUUCACUGAAUAUAGAGAAACUGCGAUUAUUGCGGCCAUUGAUAACAAUCAUUUGGAGCUGGUUGAAAUAUUAAUAGACGCGGGAGUUGAUAUUAAUAAUACCCCUGGACCAGUAGCCCCGUUGAAGCGAGCAAUUCAGACAAAUAACUAUGAAAUAUGUGAAUAUUUAAUACAACGCGGUGCUAAUGUUAACUAUGUUAAUGGUAAUAUUGGAGAUAAUUCGCCAUUACAGGAAGCCGCUGAAAGUGGAAACAAAGAAUUGAUUGAGUUACUUAUCAAAAAUGGCGCAGAUGUGAACUAUAUGACCGAAUAUUGUUGCUUAGCUUUAGAAAUCGUUAGUGGGAGUAAAGAUUUUGAAAUAAAAAAAAUAUUAAUAGACGCCGGAUCAGAGGUCAUUAUAACACUAGAUCGCUGUUUCUUAUUACUAGUAGCUAUCACGCAUGACAAUCAACAAUUGGCUGAGUACCUAAUCAACUAUUGUACUGAUGCUAACAUUACUUGCAAUUAUUCAGCAGCAUUAAUAUAUGCUGUUCAAGAGAACAGAAAGAAAAUAGUGGAAUUACUGAUAAAAAAUGGUGCCAAUAUUGAUUACACGCCAAAAUCUGACUGUUCAGCUCUUUGCUCAAGUAUUAGGAACCGCAGUUCUGAUAUAACAGAAAUUUUAGUAAAUGCUGGCGCUGAUGUGAAUCUGCUUUCAGACAAAUGUACACCAUUGAUUGAAGCUGUUGAAAUGGAAGACUACAAAAUGGCUGAGUACUUGAUAGAAAAUGGUGCUGACGUAAAUUUUUGUGAUGGUUAUGAAUCGCCAUUAGCUAUUGCUAUUCGGAAACAUCAAAACGAUAUCGUUAGAUUAUUAAUUAAACAUAAUGCUAAUGUUAAUACUGCAGCAGCUAAUGGACAAACAAUUUUGGCCGCUGCUAUCCAGGAAAACAAUUUUGAAAUAACUGAAAUGUUAAUUAAUGCUGGUGCUGAUGUCAGUGUCACUAUUAAUAAUGUUGGAUCAUUAUUACAUUUGGCGCUUGUUGAAUCUGGACCAGAAAUUAUUAGUCUAUUGCUCGAUGUUGGUGUUGAUAUCAAUUUUGUUAACGAAAAUGGUGAGACGGCAAUUGAUGUUUUAUCAAUUACUCAAAACGCCCAGACAUUAAUAAAGCAGCAUGUUAUUAAAUUAAAAGCUGCUAAUUUCUAUCUUAUCGAUAAAUGUUUAGAUGCUGUGAAAAAUCAUCGAUUUAUCGAUUUUUACGCCGAGUGUUUAGAUGAAAUUGAUUUUUUGAAGACACAAUGGUUCUCCUGGAAACUGAGUUUCUAUGAUGUUUUACACUCGUGUGUGAAUAAAAUAUCUCGAAGAAUUAGAUUCAUCAGCAGAGAUGAUAUUAUUUUAGAUCAAAAGUCAUUACGUAGUAAAUUUAAGCUGUAUGGUGGAAUUAUUUACUAUCGUCUGCUCAAAGCUGAGCCACGUAAAAAAUUGUUGGUUCGUGCUGAUAAAAUAAUUUCUGAUUUAUUUGACCAUUUGCUACAAGAUAUUUACGUACAAGAUAUUUUGGACUAUUUUAGUGAUGAGGAUCUUAAGAUUUUGUGUGGUCUAAAUUAAUCAUUAGAAUUAAGAAUAAAAUUUAUCUAUACUCGUUAUAACUCAGAUUUUAAAUUCAUUAUCGUUCUUGAAUGAAUUUUUAUUUAUUCGAAGUACUUUUGUAAAGAUGCAUAAAAUAAAUUUAUUUUCUAAGAUUUAACAAAAUACAUUGAUUUCACAACCGUAACUUCUACUGUAGUAUUGCAGUAAGUACACGGAGAAAAAAAUAUAAUCAAAAUUACAAUA